CGCCCCCCGCGUUCUUCCCGGCUCGCUGCCGCCUCCCGCCGCUGCUGGUUCCGCGGGGUGCUGAGCGGGCGGCGGGCCCUGCUGCGAGCGGCGCGACAUGUCGGUGGCGUUCGCGGCCCCGAGGCAGCGGGGGAAGGGUGAGAUCACGCCGGCCGCCAUCCAGAAGAUGCUGGAUGAAAAUAACCAUCUCAUUCAGUGUAUAAUGGACUAUCAGAACAAAGGAAAGACCUCUGAAUGCUCUCAAUACCAGCAGAUGCUGCACACAAACUUGGUUUACCUGGCCACGAUAGCUGACUCCAACCAGAAUGUGCAGUCUCUACUACCAGCACCACCCACACAGAAUAUGCCUAUGGGUCCGGGAGGGAUGAGUCAGAGCGGCCCUCCCCCGCCGCCGCGCUCCCACAACAUGUCUUCAGAGGCGAUGGUAGGUGGGGGCCCUCCUGCACCACACAUGCAGAGCCAGAUGAACGGCCAGAUGCCUGGACCUAACCAUAUGCCUAUGCAAGGACCUGGACCCAACCAGCUCAAUAUGACAAACAGUUCCAUGAACAUGCCUUCAAGCAGCCACGGGUCCAUGGGCGGCUAUAACCACUCAGUGCCAUCCUCACAGAGCAUGCCAGUGCAGAAUCAGAUGACUAUGAGCCAGGGACAGCCCAUGGGCAACUAUGGUCCCAGACCAAACAUGAACAUGCAACCCAACCAAGGUCCAAUGAUGCACCAGCAGCCUCCCUCCCAGCAGUACAACAUGCCACAAGCGGGUGGCCAACAUUACCAGGGGCAGCAGCCACCUAUGGGGAUGAUGGGCCAAGUGAACCAAGGAAAUCACAUGAUGGGGCAGAGGCAGAUUCCUCCUUACAGGCCACCACAGCAAGGCCCACCACAGCAGUACUCAGGCCAGGAAGACUAUUAUGGGGACCAAUACAGUCAUGGUGGACAAGGUCCUCCAGAAGGCAUGAACCAGCAAUAUUACCCUGAUGGUCAUAAUGAUUACGGUUAUCAGCAACCGUCGUAUCCUGAACAAGGCUACGAUAGGCCUUAUGAGGAUUCCUCCCAACCUUACUACGAAGGAGGAAACUCGCAGUAUGGCCAGCAGCAAGAUGCCUAUCAAGGACCGCCCCAGCAGCAGGGUUAUCCGCCCCAACAGCAGCAGUACCCAGGGCAACAAGGCUACCCAGGACAACAGCAGGGCUAUGGUCCCUCCCAGAGUGGUCCAGGACCUCAGUAUCCAAAUUACCCACAAGGACAAGGCCAGCAGUAUGGGGGAUACAGACCCACACAGCCUGGGCCACCACAGCCACCACAGCAGAGGCCUUAUGGAUAUGACCAGGGUCAAUAUGGAAAUUACCAGCAGUGAAGAAGCACUCACAUUCCAGUAGGCAAUAUCAAGUAGCAGCCAUAUUGUCUCCUCAAGCACUGUGGACAUCUUCCUGAGAUGAGAACCUCCCAUUCCAUCCUAGCUUUUUAACUUUUUGGGACAAAAACCAAACCUUGUGGCUGUUUCCUGGGAUGCAGUCUUUGUGGGUUAAAUUGUUUGGGAGGCUGUAGAUUCUCAGAAACUUUUUUUGAGUUCCCAUCUCUGCUCUAGAUGGCAAUAUUGGACAAGCAAAUAACCCAGCCAGAGCAGUUUGCAGGGAGUUGUGAGAGCUGGUGUGUGUCAAACUAAAGACUGUUACAGACUGAAAGGUGUGAACAGCUUUGGAUGGUUAUGAAGGUUGUGGGGAAUUGAAUA